AUGUACUUCAAUUAUCUGCCGCUACCUCGUUGCGACAAGGAGGAGUACAAAACGCCUAUUGACCCUACCGCAGCUCUAGAUGACGAGGAUAACCUGAGUAUCACGUCGAGGAAGACAAUCCAAAUUUACACGUCACAAUGGCUCUGGCUACUUCAUGCGAUCCUGUUAGCCAGCUCGCUCACACUCUUCACUCUCUCUGUUAUGGUACGCUCCUCGACGCUCCAGCAUGUCCAGGAGUUCUCCGCUUGGUCUCCUGCCGCCCCUGCUGUGAGGUAUCAACCAGUAAAAUACGAUGUCUCAACCAGUAACAACCAAUUUGUUGGUGCAGGGCCUGAGGUGGACAAGGCCUGGCGUGGAAUCUCAUAUGACAUGGGGGACCAAUAG